AUGGAUGGCGACCACACCCCUCCUUCCUUGUUGACCAACCUCAUCCCAGAUAUCACCGACGAAAUCAGUGAUUUCAAAGAGAGAAUGCAAAAGCAACGAUAUACAUUCAAACUCAAAUCACAUGAAGGUGUCUGUCUAUGGGAAGGACCUCGUAAUUUAAAAACUCUCUUGCAUGAGAUCACCGUUCAUUGCAGCAACGGUGUAGAUCCAAGCAUGGUUGCCUUGCAAGUACCAGAAGGAGUCGAAAUUCGAAUUGGAGUCCAGAAGUCAUGGGCAAUGAAGCGAGAAUUCAACAACAACCAACAAACGAAGAGAAAACAAGCUCCAAAGAAAUCUUCCUCAGAGGAAAGAGCUGUAAAGAAAACAAAGCGACAAACUCAAUCCUGCUCGUCUUCAUCCAGCGCUGGAACAGAUCAUGAUCACUCAUCAUGUGAGUCAUUUCCUUCCACGACUGCUGAAGCUAUUGCUUCUUCUUCUCAACCUAAAACUGUUCAAGGGAGUAACCUGCCAUUGAAUCCCUCUCCUAUCAUUUACUUGGCGUAUCCUUUCAUUUGGACUUCACAUGUCAUGUCACUGCCAACAGUGUUGCUCUGCAAUGAUAUUCCCAACCAAUUCAAUGCCCAAGGUGGCAACUGUGGUUCAUUACAUCAACAAGGGACUGAGACCUGUCUUCAAAGUCCACCUGUUGAUCAUCAGCAACAACAAAUGCUGACAGCCCAAGAUGAACAUUUCUUUGACAAUGCGCUUGUCGAAACACCAACAUUUACCAAUGGAGGUGAGACAAGAUCCGUUGAGAUAAGAGAUGAAAGGGCUGCAAUGGACAACAAUUGCCCUCCAAUGGAUGAACAGGAGUGCAACGACCUUCUGGAAGAAUUGGAAGAAUUCUCUUUUUGA